AUGGAUCAACGUCCUCGAUCCAGCAGCCGUCUCCACCACCCAUCACCCGCCGGAAAACAACCAUUGCCCCGUCUGAUACGUUGCAAAAGCGAAAAUCCAGCCAUAUCUCCGCCUCCCACCACCACAUUAUCCAACAGAUCAAACACAGUCUCCAAAUCGCGCUCAACAUCCACUUCAAAAACGAGAAAUUUUAAGGAGAUGGAAGUAAACAGUUUCAUGAUUAACCUCCCGAAGCCGAUGAAGAUCAAUACCGGAGUCACUAAUCCGGUGGUUAAAAAGAAGAAGUCUUCAGACGCCGAUAGCAAUGGAGGAGACGGAACGUUUACCCGGUUUCUGCCACGAAAAAAACCCACAUCUCCUUCCGCGUGGGCUUUAUCUCCGGGGAGGGCUCCGCCUAUUUUGACAGCGGUGGUGCCGCCAAAGACGCCAAGUACAGGUGGCAGGAGCAGCGGUGAGGGUGGCGGCGGCGGUGGUGGUAGAAUCAGCGGAGUUUUAAAGUACUUUAAGCAAAAGAAAGUUGCGUCAUCGGAAGAAGCAGAUCGGCAUUGUUCAAAACUGAUGAACAAUCGGUUAUUGCAAUGGCGGUUUGCAAAUGCUCGAGCUCAGGCUGCAAUGUCCACCGUGAAAAGCUUGGCAGAGAAGAAAACGUUCAAUGCAUGGCUCAAGAUACUUGCGAUAAGAAAUUCGAACAUGGUAAAGCGGAUGGAAUUAGAAAAGCUCGAAAGAGACAUCAGAUUGUAUCAUAUUAUGAACUCACAGUUAUUCUUGUUAGAAAAAUGGCCGAAAUUGGAGGCUAAAAACUCUGAAGCUGUAGGUCGAAUGGUUAGAAAAUUGUCUGUAGCAUCUGUCAAUAUCCCAUUGGUUGAUGAUUCUAAGGGAGAGAUUUUAAUGGUUCGUGACGCGUUGGACAACGCCACAAGACUCUUGGAAGAUAUAGAAUCAACAAUCCCAAAAUUAAAUUGUCAGGUGGAGAAUUCAUGUUAUUUGUUAACCGAACUUUCAAUCAUCGCAAAAGAAGAAAAAGAGUCUUUGGCAGAGCUACAAAGAUGGAUGCGUGUCGUCAUGACACUUAAGAUACAGGAAAAAGAAAGAAGUUUGCGAGCUCAUUUAAUCCAAGUGAAGUGAAGAUUCUAG